AUUGGUAGGAACUAAAUGAUGCGGGGCUGGCUGGAGCGUGUGCAGAGUUCCUGCCCAACGUGAGGACGUCGGCGUACGCAAGGGUGUGAGUGAGGAAUUCCAGUAAGAUGGCUGCGACAGGAAAGUGAUCUUGUCUGAAACAUACAGUCACCCUACCAAGAAGACGGGGAGGAACGGGAAUUAAUGUGGUCUUUGUCGGUGUCGAAAUCGGGGGUUAUUCACUGAUAAUACGCCUAAACUGACAAGGGGAUGGUUUCUGGUCUGUCCUCUUGCAUAUCGGGCAUGGAGUGGCAUUGGCUACAGACUGGAUGACAGCACUCACCAAAGAAGCUGAUUGGCUGGCUGAGAAAGGGAAGCUGAUUGCAUUCUCUUGAUUACCUGGUCGUGCUGAAAGAAGCUGAUUGGGUAGCAAAGCCAUAAAAUUUCCCUUUUGGUUUCCUUCAAGUCACCCGCUACUCUCCGCCCUCCCUUUACCCCGUCCCAAAACCCUGUCCUUUCACCCCCCCAUGUACCUCUCCCCUUGACCUCCGAACCUUGACCUUGGCAAACAGGAUGAGCUGGCUGAGCCGACUGACCCCGCGAGGAUCCGGGAAUCGGGCCAGUCGGAGUGCAGCGCCGUCCAGCCCUGUCACAGCUGACCCCGAGACCUGCCUGAUUGUGUUUAAGAACCACUGGAGACAGGUGUCCUGGAUCCUAGAGGAGCGGGAUCCAUCCCCAGGUCAGGGUGAUGAGUUGAGUGCGGUGAGGAACCACACUGACCAGAUGCUGUGUCUGAUGGUGGAGGAGUGCCUGGGAAAGCAGGCCAACAUGGGGCCCAUCCUAGAACUGGUGCUCUCUGAGAACAUCCUGGGCAGGCUGGUGCAUUGGCACCUGGUGCGUGGUCUGGACCCUGACAGCCAGGGGGCGCUCCUGAAGCUGUUUGAGAUGCUGAUCGGGCAAUCCCAGCAUCCCCUACUUCGGCACAAGCCUGUGCUGCAACCUUUGCUGACCCUGCUGAGUGCAUGCACCGACCCCCAGCACAGCACCCCUGCCCUGGAGGGGAGCCUGGUGCUGCUGUUAAACCAGGUGUGCGUCUCCAUGGCGAAGGAACCCUCCACCCUUGAGCUGUUUUUCCACACACCCACCCAGCAGGGACACACCAACCUCAUCAUCUUUUCUCUGCUUGUUCCCUUUAUCCACCGUGAUGGUGCUAUCGGGCAGCAGGCCCGUGAUGCGCUCCUCCUUGUCAUGGCCACUUCUGCUGGCAACCAAGUGGUGGCACAGUACAUCUCAGAGAAUUCCUACUUCUGUCCGGUGCUAGCAACUGGUCUGAGUGCACUGUACUCCUCACUGCCACGGAAGAUUGAGGCGCGUGGAGACGACUGGCACGCCUUGCACAGAGAGGACUGGAUUGGAGUGCCGUCCCUCGUUCUCUUUAUGAACUCCCUGGAGUUCUGCAACGCUGUCAUACAGGUCUCUCAUCCUCUUGUGCAGAGCCAGCUGGUGGAUUACGUUCACAACGGGUUUCUGGUGCCGGUGAUGGGACCUGCUCUUCACAAGUCCUCAGUAGAGGAGAUGAUCGCUAGCACUGCCUACCUGGACCUGUUCCUGCGCAGCAUCACAGAGACAGCCCUUCUUAAAACCUUCCUGCGGUUCAUCCUGCUGCACCAGCAUGAUAACUACACCAUCCUGGACACGCUUAUCACUAGGAUCAGCAGCAACUCACGGCUUUGCAUGGUCUCACUAAGUCUCUUCAGGACACUUCUUUCUCUGAACUGCGAGGAUUUCAUGUUGCAGCUUGUUCUCAGGUACCUCCUUCCAUGCACCCACGUGAUGCUAAGUCAACGCCGCGCUGUCAGGGAGACUGACCUCUAUGGCAAGUCAGCUGAUAAGUUCAUGUCUCUCAUCCCAGAGUGCUGCCGACUGGACCUGGGUACUGCUGAGCGUGAGGAAGAACCUGCCUAUUGGGGGAAAGGGCCAGGAAGCCCCAGUGUUGAGUCCCCAGUCUCCAAGCCCAACACCCCAUCCCGUCUGGCUCUGUUUAUUCGCCAGCAGAGCAUAGGCUCUAGUUCGAAUGCGGAGCCUCCUCAAUCCCCGAACAGAGUUGGAACAAUCUCUCCUGAAAGCCCCAUGCACCAGGGCUCCGAGCAGGGGGAUAUGGAGUCUGGAUAUAUAGAGUACCUGCGGGAUGCUCAGAAGAACAUUGAGUUCUGUGCCUGGGCCUGCCGUAGCUGGUCUGCACCCUACGAUGGGGAGGAUCCUUCUCCCAUCAGUGCCCCACCUCCACCCCCACUGGCUUGCUUAAAUAUCAAUGCAGAGCACCUCAGCAGUCAGCAGGUGAUGCCAAACCGACCCAGGUCAGACAGUGCAGAGCGCAAACCCAGUCAACAGCAGACAACAAACCGGUCCAAACCAGACUGGGAGAGCACAGAACAGGACAGUGGAGAGUGGGAUAUCACUAUUGGAAAGAACUCUAUCAUAGUUACUCCACGCACCAAGAAACGGAGCCUGCAGAGGGAGAUGCCUAACCCACCGUCUCCCACCUCAUCCUCCUCCCUGCUUCCAGGAGCCUCUGCCAGGAGCUACCCCUUAGGACAAGGAGAGGAUCACCCCCUCUUCAAUGGGAUCAGGCAGGUGGUGACAAACUCCACGGAGGGGCAGGAUGGGGGUAUGGAGGUAAAGAAGGUUCGGAGGGAUUCUGGAGAGAACAGUUGUGGGGGGCAUAACGGAGCCCAGGAUGAGAACCAUCCUGACACCAGUGAGCACUAUACUGAAAACUGCCAGGGUUCAGGAGAACUACAAGUCAGCCAGCGUUCACUGGGGUCAGAGGUCACCAAAGGUAUACUGGGGCCACAGGUACCCAAGGGUUUGUUGGGGUCGCAAGUCAGCCAGGUUUCAUAUGGGUCACAGCGUAGUGAGGAGGAGCUCUCUGUACUCAGCGAACGUAAUGUGCCAACUCGGAGCUUGGAGUCGGUGGAGAGCUUGAUUGAGGAGCUGCUGGACCGAGCCCCAGGAGAGACCAAUGGAUCUGGGAUCAGCAUUGAGGCAUUCAGCCAGGAGCUGAAGGAGCUGGAGGAGACAGUGCGGGAGCAGCAUGCCCAGAGAGGGCAGGAGGAUCCUGGCAGUGCAAACAAUGGCAGCCAGGGUGGAGUGUGUGCCCCACUCCCCUCUCACAAAGAAGAGGAGGAGAGGCCCCCCACCCAUGAACAAGAACUUGCUGAUACAGGGUCCCCUAAACUGAAGAAUGUGCCCACCCUGUUUAGUCCGACCAGAACAUUGGGGCAGCCUCUCAGCCAACCCUACACAGGUCCCUUCAUUGCGGUGCUGUUUGCCAAGCUGGAGAACAUGCUGCAGAACUCUCUGUACGUGAAUAUCCUUCUCACUGGAAUCCUAUCACAGUUAGCCUGCUACCCCCAACCCCUGCUCCGCUCCUUCCUGCUAAACACCAACAUGGUCUUCCAACCCAGUGUCAAGUCACUCAUCCAGGUCCUGGGCUCAGUAAAGAAUAGGAUUGAAGCCUUUGCUGCUACUCAGGCGGAUUUUCCAGUGAUGCUGCGCAAGGCCAGAAAGUACCUGGUGGCACGAGGGAAGCUGGACUGGGCAGACUCGCCCAUCACUGUGCCAAACUUAAGGAGGUCAGAUACACUAGUAAGAAGUCGGAAGCCCUCACUGGGCGAGCUGAUCCUGCGUCAUACCAACAGUCCGACGCGGGCACGACAGGCAGCCCAAAUGGCAUUCGCUCAUGUGAGAGACGGAGGGCAGGUGCUGCACAGCGCCCUGUUCAGGGGUUCGGCAGUUGGGACAGUGGAACGCCAGAACGAGGCACUGCGAGUAAAGAAUGCAGUCUACUGCGGCAUCAUUUUCUCAGAGUUCUUGAAGGAGCUGGCCGCGCUUGCACAGGAACACGCUGUCACCACGCCCUUCCCUCGCUGCCAAGACACAGAGGAGUAAUGCUAGAACACCAGGACACUGGUUAUUAUGGGGUUGAGCAUGAGGGUCCAGGAAAUCAACUCUGUGCCCUCUCAGAGGAGCAAGAACUAUGGGGAAGAACGAUGUGAUUCAGGGAAGCAGAGGAAUGUUCAGACUAGAUAUUCUAUUCCCACCCCUUAUUUUGUGACUGCAGCCACACUAUUAUUCUUCAGUGAUGUUAGUGGGAGAUGUAGGGGAGACACAGGUAUCAAAAAGAUGGAGGUGUGAACAUUUUAAUCUGGGGUUACUGAAUUGUGCACCUUGACUUUCCCAUCCCUGUCGUUCUACUCCUCAAGGAGGACUCUUGGGUGACAGUCCUUUUAGUUUUUUUAUAAACUUUUUUAAACAUAUCAGUAGCGAGGGACUCUCACGCUACACAAGAUCCAUGUAGUCUUCCUGCUGUACACCGUACACCAUAUCGCUUCAGUCAACUGGAUCUCAGCUUAUCACCGUCUGUCUGCCUGUCAGUCUUAAAGACUGUGUCUGCCUUACAACAGAAAGCGCUUGCUCAGUCUUUCUCACUCGCUGGGGGAAGCAUUUUUCAAGUCAAUCACAAUAAUGAGAGCAUGUGGUCAAAGACCCCACUUCGCAUGAGAAGUGAAAUUCCAGCAGGAAGGUGUGGGUGGGUUUAUCUUGGUGAAGAUGUAGUUAUUAAUUACCAGGGCUGGUUUGGUAGUCCUGAAUUUUGCCGUCACUGAUUGGAGUAAUGGUGGCGUUUAUCCCAUGCCAUGAUACUGGAAAUGGUCAGAUUAAAUGGUUAAGAACAUAAGAAUGAAGUUACAAACAAAGAAGAUCAUACAGGCCAUUUGCAUUCACAAUGUGCAGCUUCAAUCCAUCCUGAAUGAAACUCUAAAUGAAUUUCAGACUGAAGUCUCAGUUUUUUAAAGGCGUCAUUAGUACUAUUUCAGUUUUUAACUCUAUUAAAUGUCUUUGUAUUUGAGAGUUAUAAUUGUUAAGUUGGUACAUGUCUAAUACUCCGUCUACUGAAAUAUAUGCUGUAUGUCUCAAUGUUGUCCACUUUUUUGUGCACUCAUAAAAUCCCCAAUAUCUGCCAAAGCGAAUUCUGAUGUCACGCAAGCUGUCUAUAAUGCUGGUCUUUUCUUUUCCAGGACCCAUUGUAUAAUUAUGUAUCGCACAAAUGCAGCGCAGUUUCAGUUGAACAUGGAUUCGUACCAAGGUACUAUGAGACUUGCGUCCUCAUUCUAUUUUCUCCAGUUGCACAAGCUUACAGCAGUUAUACAGAGAAUCAUACUGUAAUGCAUGCAAUAAUGCAUUAUUACAUUUUGUACUGGAGAGUAAGUGGCUCAGAAUUGGGGAGUUGUAAGUGUACGUGUUAAGUAAGUGAGCGGAUCAGAGCGAGCAUUUUUCCAUUCACUAUGAUCCCUGAUGAAAUCCGUUCUGUAGCUCUGAGCUGCUCAGAGGGAGCAGGUCUGAGCAUGCCGUUAAGUGGAUUCUUUCACUGAGCAGCUCACUUACUUAACACACCUAGUAACAUUUCAAGAGUAGGGAUGCAAUGGUUAUGAUUUUCCUAAACCGAAACUGACAUUUAUAUAUUUUAUAUAUAUAGGGCAGCAGUGUGGAGUAGUGGUUAGGGCUCUGGACUCUUGACCAGAGGGUCGUGGGUUCAAUCCCAAGUGGGAGACACUGCUGCUGUGCCCUUGAGCAAGGUACUUUACCUAGAUUGCUCCAGUAAAAGCCCAACUGUAUAAAUGGGUAAUUGUAUGUAAAAAAAAUAAUGUGAUAUCUUGUAACAAUUGUAAGUCGCCCUGGAUAAGGGCAUCUGCUAAGAAAUAAUAUAUAU